CCGCCUCUUCCGUGACACAGAUCUAGACACCUGCGUGGCUCAAUUUGGGGCUCAGUAGCCUCAGGUCCCGCCCCCAGCACAGUCAGCAGCCCCACAGGACCACAGCGCCAGGCGGGGGCAGCCCUGGUGGAGGGGUGGGCAGAUGGUCACAGGCCACUGUAAAUGCCCUGUCCCAGGGAGUGGCGUCUAAAGGGCAGAAGCUACUCGGGCAGGGGCCUUCCUGAAAUCUCUGAAAAGAGCUUAAAUGUAAGCAAACAACCAAGCAACACAAACGUUGAAAGCACGACUGGGCCAAGUCCCCUUCCUUCUGAGCCCCUCGUGAAGCCCCCCAGCAGAUGGGGAGAUGCCAGCCGCGCCGUUCUGCCUGCCACAGCCUGAUGCCCCCACUUCCUGGCCUCCGUCGGGGACAGCUCCGUGCACGACGGCGGACAGCCCAGCCCGGGUCACCCUCAGUCUCUCCUCCCUCCUGCACCAGCCCGCUGGGCCCCAACUCUACCCUCUGGGCAGAGCUCUGGCCUGUGCCCAUCACGUUAGCAUUCUCGUGACUCAGGCAGGCCCAGCUCGGGGCUCUGCCCCAGGCCUUGCUCCGAGACAGCACAGGGCGGAUGUGGGGCUGUCCUCCCUUGGCCUCUCCCUGUUUCCUAUCGGAAGCCAGUAUCCAGCCCGGCGGGAAGGGCUCCAUGCUGGGACACGCCUGGGAAAAGACUGGCUGGGAUCUGAUUAUACAGAUCUUCAGGGCUGGUGCGGGGCCUGUAAGACAUACAGGCUUUGUGAGUCAGUGAGAUGCCAUUUCCCCAAUGCUUUUACUCCGGAACCUGUUUGCUCCGGGCCUGAGCUGCUCCUGGAAGGGCCUCCUGGUCCUCGCUGCCGGACCGAACAUCGCAGUUCCGCAAGCUGCACGUCUGACACGUGGUCCUCCUCUUCGUCUGAAAGUGCUGCUUUGCCCCAGAGGAGGGAAAGGAAAUGCCAUGCUGCGGCGAGACGGCUCUCCACGGGACGGUGACAGUGUGGCCAGACAGCAGCUGCCCCUCAGGCCAAGGCCGCCAGCCCCUCCCUUGGCCCAUGCAGGGACAGCAGGUGCCUGGAUGGCAGGAGCCCAGGCCCUCCCCACUGCCCCACCUGCCCUGGCGGAAGACCAGGGCCCUCUUGUCACUUAGAGUCACUCGACUUAGAGUCACAGGACAAACACCCAGAUGUUAAAGCCAAAGGGCAUCAGUUCUGCUGCAAGGCUGUCAGCGUGGCAGACGGUGGCACUGGCAGUCACCAUCCAGGAGCAUUUCUCAGCAUGCCCGCUUCCCGUGCAUGCCCCCCGCCAGCCCCCCUGGGAUACAGUGCAGCCUGUCAUCCCAGCACUCUGGGAGGCCGAGACAGGAGGCUCCCAAAUUCAAGCCAGGCUUGGGCAACUU